GCUGGGUUCAUUUACCCUCGGACCUGAGCCAGUGAGCUUGUUCCAUAAUAUCCGGGGACUGCAAAGCCAACAUGACCAGUGGGCGUUGUGUAUUUGUCGUGUUCUCCCUCCUCCGUGUGUCGCUGAGUGUGGAACUGACAGGGCUGUAUGGCAGCUUCACCUCCCCCAACUUCCCCCAGCCAUACCCUGACAACCAGCACAUAGCGUGGAACAUCAGCGUCCCAGACGGUCACAGGGUCAAAGUCUACUUCACCCACUUCAGCGUGGAACCCUCCCACCGGUGUGAAUAUGACUACAUCCAGGUUUUGGCGGAGGGAAAUGAAACCUUGCGGUUCUGUGGCGAGGAGGAGAAGAACUACGAAAGCGCUCCGAGGAACACCGUCAUCCUGUCAGCCGGAAACCUCAUGUCAGUGGUCUUUAGGAGCGACUACUCUAACGAGGGCCGAUUCACGGGCUUCCGAGCGUUUUACACUGCAGAAGAUAUCAAUGAAUGUCUGUCCAAGAUUGAAGAUGAGAAAGCUUGUGACCAUUUCUGCCACAAUUACAUCGGUGGGUUUUACUGCACGUGCAGACGAGGAUACCUUCUACACGACAACAAAAGAACCUGCACAGUGCCGUGCCACAGCCAGGUGUUGACCUCACCAUCGGGGGUCCUGACCAGUCCCGGCUAUCCGAACCCUUACCCUCCCUUGAUUCAAUGUGACCACACCAUCCGCCUGCCAGAGGGCUACAGGAUAAUCCUGGACUUCCUGGAAACCUUUGACGUAGAGGGACACCAAGAUGUCCCCUGUCCAUAUGAUAUGUUGAAGAUUUCGACAGCUGGACAGGAGUACGGACCCUUCUGUGGAUCAACCGCACCAGCCCGCAUCGACACAGGAAGUUACCAAGUGCAUGUUAGGUUCAAUUCUGAUACUGGUGGCAAAAACAAGGGGUGGCAGAUCAAGUACACGAGCAGGCUGAAUGCCUGACUUUAACUUCAGACUGACGGCUUGUUGCCACGGACAUUGUGCAUGUCGUUAUACACAACCUGAACAUUUUAUGGUGACUUCUACGGUGGAGCAACUUCACAUAACCAUAAUUUUUGUGAUGAAGUUUGGAUAUUGUGUUCAGGCUAGCAGAUGUCUUUUCUUAAAGGAGAUAUAUUUGCCUAAUUUCAGUUCAAAAUUUUUAUUUUGUUCUUAUUUGAAAAGGUUUACAUAUUCCUUUUAUUAGCCUUGGCCUGAAAUGCUUGGUUUUGAGCAUGGCCACACAUACGUGAACGCAGGUGAAAGAUAAUCACAUGUUUACCGAGGUUGAUCUCUGUGGAUUUGCUUCACCCCAGGAAGUAAAUGUUUUAUUCACCCCCCCUUGCUUGCACAGAAUGGAAGUGCAUGUGACCGUGCCCUUAAGCUCCUGUCUCUUUAAGGACCGUGUGGGAAAUGUCGGUCUCUUGCCGCGUGAUUCUCUUGCAAGGGGGCAUGUCAGACUAACCACCUCAUGUAGGUACAUUAUGCAAAAUCUCACAAUCCUUUGCAAAUCGGCUACAUACACAAGAUACAAUAUAUAACACACUAGAGCCGAGGUCUUCAACAGGGGGUCCUGGUCUUCCCACAAAUUUAAAUGUCUUUAAAUACACAUUAACAUGAAUCCAACAUA